AUGACGUGGAGACUCCGCCCACCCGGAAGGGGCGGAGUCUCUCCAAGUACAUCUCGAGCUCAGAUCAUUCUCAUUCUUGUGUUUUGUGCUCGUCCCGAACGGUGACCAGACUUUCUGCUCUUUCCAAUUCCCAAACUUCCGUUUUACCUCUUUUUUCUCCUCAAUUCUGGUAGUUCCUUUCCAUAACUCUCUUCAUUUUGCAGACAAACAAUGCCAAUCAUCGCUAACCUACUCAAGAAGUUCAAGAGCACCAAGAUGAGCUCCAAGAGCCCCAAGAGCCCGGCCACGAAAGCAGUGCCGGCCACGAACAUCUGGACCCACCGUCUGCCCUGGGAACCUCGUGCACCCCAUCAGAUGCCAAAUUCGACGACAAGGUGCACAAGUACGAGGCCCGUCAGAAGAAGGCCGAAGAAGAGAGAAGAGAGCGGCGGGCUCUCCGCCGGCAGAACCAGUCGCUCGGAUUGCACAACAACCUGCUGGCCCUGGAGAAUCGGCAGCUGAACUGCGAGAAGCAGACUUUGAAGGCCGAGAAGAGGGAGGUGACGGAGAAGAAGAACGAGAUGGCGAGGAGACUUCGGAAGCAGAAGAGGAUCAGCGAGUACUACAGAAGAAGACUGAUCGAGAUUCAGCAGAAGGAGGCGGCCGAGCAGAACGACCACUCCAAAUGA